AUGGCCACCGCUGUAUCCCCCAACACUCUCGUCCCCCCGCGAGCACUGCGGGCCGGUUCAACGUCCAGCUACCGUCAUAACCCCUACGCAUUCACCCUUCUCCAGGAGAAGGACCGCGAAAGGGCCGCAGAGUCGUUUCGUUACAUCUACAGUAUCCUGACAGAGGAGGGCAGGAGCUCGCCCAUUCUGCAGCAGCGAGGGAAGAGGACGAGCAAGGGCGCCGCCGAGAAGAAUAGCGGUGGCAAGCAAUGCCUCGGCUGCCCUAGCUGGCAAAUGCAGCAGCUAGAUGCGCUGUAUGUCAAGAGCGGUGCCGCGGCAGAUAGCAGUAAUGAUGAUGGCGUGAGCGAGACAAGUAGCGACACUGGCAGUCACUAUACAAAGGAAAUGUUCGCGACAACCUGCUCUGGGUUUUCUGUCACCGGCACGCACUUGCACCCCGUUGCCUCCUCUUCCGCCGCUGCUGUCCCCGCUGCCGCACCGUCUGUGAUCCGCUACGCUUCGGUGAACUUCCGCUUCGGCUCCGCCUGGUUCGUCGCUCCUUUCCGCACGUUCACUGGUGACAUGGUCGUGGUGCAGUACCCGGGCAAUAACGGUUUGCAUAUAGGUCUCGUCAGCGCCAUCACCACUGCCAAGCCGAUCACCUUCUAUACUGAGGACAAUAUGGACCCGAACUACCUCUCUCCUGAGGAACUGCAGACCGUACCGCGACUGUUGCGCCACGCGCGCGACUUUGACAAGGAAACCAAAUUGGAGCUCCGCAAACACGAUUUGAGCGCACUCGCGAACGCGAGGAAGGUAGCGGCCGAGCUUGGUGCCCUUGUCCAGUUCCUCGAUGCGGAGUGGCUACUCGACCUGCGUGCCGUGACGUUCCUUGUGAAGGUAUUUGGUAACCCGGAGCUGGCGGAUAAGCUGGUGGACGAACUGGCGAUGCAGGAGGGUGCUGAGGUCGUCUUUACCUACCCGGUUUCGACGGCGACAAUGUACUAA